AUGGAAAGCAUAGAUAGUUUUGAGGGGAAACUAUUUUACAAAAUAUACACACUUUGUAAGAAAAAUCAGAUAAAUGAAGAAUAAAAAGGAAAAUUAAAAGGUACUUUAGCAGAUAAAGCCAACUAGACCUUGUAAUCUUAAGAGAUGAAAGAAUUGAAAUUGCAAUGAAUUAAUAUUUAGAAGACAGAGAUGAGUUACGACUUUUAGAAAAUUUUCAUAAUUACUCUGGGGAAGAAUAUUCUCCAAAGAGUUUUAACAAUUUUUCAGAUGAUGUAUCGAUAGGAAGUCAUAGUAAAUUUAAGGGCAAAAGACCUGCUAAAAUGCAAUUACCUAAAAAGACAUUCACAAUCAAUUUAAGAAAGUAUGAUGUCAAAUUUAUUCAAAAGAGAUACCGAUAUUACUAACAGCUCUAAAGGUUUUCAUUUAUGCACUGCUAGAUCAAGUGAUAACAGAAAUGUACUUGGUUUUAAUGAACGACUAACUUAAUAGAACUGGAGCGAAUGCGAAUGA